GUCCUCACCUCCAGCGAGCCUUUUUGUGCAAUGACCUGACAGACACACACACAAACACCGCACCCUCACAUGGAAUGUGCAUGCCUUCGUGCGCAUUGCGUAUGCGUGUUGGUCUCCCUCCCACACUCACCGCAAAGAGGUGAGCAAGCAGAGGCUGAUGGGCGUCACAGCUGUCGGAGAGCGGGCUCACCCUGCACCGCCGGUGGGCAUCUCCUUACCAACUCUGGUAUCCAUCGCUGCCCAGGGGGAGAGAUCUGCGCAAUUCGAAGGCUUGUAAAGAUCCACACCAGCAGCACCGCAUAGAACGCCCACCUGGUACCACUGUCUGAGGCACACACAGACACACACAGCAGCCAGUGGAUGACGGGACAGAUGCCUUAAUGUGUCGUGUGCGUGUUUCGAUCUUGUGGAAUGUGCACCAGAUACCUGGCUGGAUGGAUGGAUGGACGGAUGGAUCACAACACGGUGACGGGGGACCACUCUUCUCCGUGUGAAAAAGCUCGACUGACUCUUUUCUUCGGCCACCUGGCUGCCCGCCGGCCACUCAUACACAUCCACCACACAUGCGCACGCCAUCAUCCCUCUCUCUCUCUGCCAACCGAGUAAGAGCUGCAGCCAAACAAACACGUGGUUAUGAGACGGACAAACACACACAUCCGCACACCAGCAGCCAUAUAUCCGCACAUGUGUAUGUAAUUGUGGGUGGUCAGAUUGCAGACAAGGAUGCACACGUAGGUGGAUGGAUGGGCAGAGUGAAAAAAUCGACGCUCUCUGUUGGCCCCCUGCCACCGUCUCUUCUCUCUGCCAAGUGUGAGUUCCAGCCGGUUGAAAAAACACCCCAAAUGCAACACACCACACCGGACAGCAGCAGGCCAGACUCAGAUCUCAUGCGGCACACCGCAGGGAAAGUCGUCCACCAUACAAGAAAUAGAUGCAUGGUGGGACCAGAACACGCGCUCUCUCGCUCUCUUGCAUGCAUUAUUGAAAAAUCGCAGCACGGCACAGCCAGCCAGCCAGCCAGCCCAUGACAGACACGCGCACACCAGAACCACAGCAGAGGGAGGGGUCGUCCACCAUACUAAAAUAGCAUGCAUCCGACACACACACGGCCGCCACCAUGCCCAGCCCACGAAGACUUCAAUCACAAGCAGCUUAGCUGCACGACAAAAAUACUGCACACGCACACACACACACACGGCCAGACAGGUGCAGCCAGACCAGCUAUGUACAAGUGAGUGGUGUUUUUGUUUUGGCUUUCUCCCCUGCUGCCUCGGUGACGACAAACGAAAAGGGCAGCCACGCGCCUCCCCGCUCCCCACACAAAACACGAAGCUGGCGGCAACUGUACAUGCCAGCGAAAUCGUCUCUCUCCCCCUCUCUGUCUGUCUGUCUGUCUGUCUGUGUGUGUGUCUGGCGGGCCCGUCUCUCCAGCUCCUCCUCUCUCUCUCUCUCGCGGCAACAGCAACAGCAGCAGCAGCCUCCUCUUAUGCAUCCUCCCUCCUCCCUCCCCUCUCUCUCAACUCAAUCGCUCCUCAGCCUUCUUCCCCGCCCAGCCUCUGAAGAUGCGUGUGAUGGCCCUGCCAAUGCCUUCCGACCGCCCUGAUGUCGUCGGCCAGCUGCUCGGCGCCCUCCUUAUGUCGGUGACGAGAGCCCAUGAGCGCAUCAUGAGGUCUUGGUCUGCCGACCGGACCUCCCACAUGGCGCGCCCAUAGGCAUCAACGUCACCCGACGGCUCCCAGUACUCCCACUGCCCUGUCCAGUCGUUCUGCCGCCAGUGUGCCACCCUGUGCUGGUUGAUGGGGCCAGUCGGCACGAGGAGGGCAUGACAGGCCUUGUACUCGGGUGCGGGCGGGAGGGGUGGCGGGUACAUGUAUGGGUGGUGGACGGGGAGUGGGGCAGCGUGCACGGGCAGCGGUGGCAUGUACGGCGGCACUUGGACGGCUGGGAUGGCAGCGGGGGCGGGUUUGGGGGGCGGGGCGUGUGGUGGCCUGGUAGUGGGUGCGUGCAGAGUGUCGGUGGGUGUUCUGACGCGCGGCUGCUCGUCGUGGGCCUCGUGAUGGGUGCUGCCGUCACUUGCCAGAGGCUGCUGGGGAGCAGCGGCUCGGGGUUGCUGCUGGCGCUUGCAUAGAAGAGACCCACAAAUAUAAAACGUAAGCAGCGAUCUGACACAAACAUCAUGAGGACAAUGUCUCAGAAGCUGUCGCCUUUUUUGUCACUUCAGCGGUUGGAGACUCUUCCAGCACCUGCAGGGCCUCGAACAGCUCCUCCUCGAUGUCCCUGAGGGUGCAGCGGUCGGCCAUGUCCGGCUGCAUCCCCCUGGCCGUCACCUGGCAGAUGGUGUCCAGCCACUUCUUGGCAAAGUGCAGGUCAGGUGACUCGAGGGGGAGGGUGUCAAGCGGGCUCUGGAUCUGGCCGGGGCCGCAGAGGGGGCGGCCGUCCGUCCGAAUCUAGCGCAGGCCCGCCGCGACCCGGAGCUCUACCGCCUCGUCAUCGCACCAGAGGGCCGGUGGGUGUCCUGACGCGCGGCUGCUCGUCGUGGGCCUCGUGGUGGGUGUUGCUGCCGCUUGGCAGAGGCUGCUGGGGUGCGGUUGGUGAGCCGUGGAUAGAUGGUAGAUGUGGCGGCGUAAGGUAUGGCACGAUGGCGGGCUGUGAGAGCGACGGAUGGCUUCGUUGGUACUUACAUAGAUAGCGGCUGAAGACAAGUACAACAGAUCCAUACACAGGAAUGCUCAAGUACACACACAGGUGGCGGCUGGUCGUGCGUACCUUUGUUGUGUCAGGGAGGAGGCCGGCCACCUUCCCUUAUUGUUGUUGCGGUGGCCCAUCGCACCACAGAACAGCUGACAUCGAGGUACAUACUUGCCGCCAGCCACCCGCCUUCGUGGCCAGCAGGACUGCAGCAGACACAACACACAUAACACACACACAUCCAUCCACACAUGCGCACAUGCAUCGUCUGGCACUCGCACACACACGCGUAGUCAGACGUAUGGGUCUGUGGGGGGGUCGUUCGGUGAGUGGUAAUGAUACUACGUACUAUGUCGGCUUCCUUACACUGACGGUGAACGAGCAGCAGAGAAGGAGUCAGGAUGUGCGCGAGAGCAUUCAUCGCAUCUAUGUAUGUGGUUGGUCGGUCGGUCAUUCGUGUGCGCACCUGGUCUGUAUGUCGCGCAAGCAGAGGGCC